AUGCUUCGGGGAUUGCGAGCCGCUGGUGUGAAUUUUUCGAGAUUUCAGAGAUUCAGCGUCGAAGUUUCGCAGAACGAAUAUGAGACAGUCGCCGAGGAGACGCUGCAGAGAUUGUCCGAUUAUUUUGACCAUUUUGGGGAUGUCUAUCCGGUUUCUGAGCAAUAUGAUGUGUCGCAUUCGAUGGGUGUCCUUACUGUCGUCGUCUCGGAAAAAAUUGGUACCUAUGUGAUCAAUAAACAGUCACCAAAUAAGCAAAUCUGGUUGUCGAGCCCAAUAUCGGGUCCGAAACGCUAUGAUUUGAAGGAGAAGCGAUGGGUUUACGCGCACGAUGGAGAAGCGAUGGAUGAGUUGCUGAAUCGCGAGUUUCGACGCAUUCUCAAUGAUGAAAAUAUCGAUUUUCAUAAAAUUUUGGCAUAA